AUGGCGUCUGUGCAAUCCAGUGCAGCUAGAUGGGCAUUCGCGGACCUCGUCCACCUCGCAGACGUGGUCCUAGGAGCUUCGGUGUCGCCUUGCCUUCGACGCACCGAGGUCUUUCGUCUCCGCUGGACAACUCGCUGCUAUGGCUACGUACGGGAGCUGUGGAAAGAGGCGAGGGACGACGGCGACCCGUGGCUCGCCGAGGCCGCGGACUCCGGCCGAGUGUUCAUGACCGGCGACUCGGCCAGUGGCAACAUCGCGCACCACCUCGCCGUGCGGUUCAGCUCGGCGGCGGAACACGCCGAUCUCGCGCCCGACUCCGUCCACGACUGUCCUACUGAUGCCCUUCUUCGGCGGUGUGGCGCGCACGCGGUCGGGGGCGGACGGCUGUCGCUGCCGGAGGGCGCCACGGCGGACCACCCCGUGGCGAACCCGUUUGGGACGGGCGCGCUGACGCUAGACGCCGUCGAUUUCGCGUUGACGCUGGUCGUUGUCGGUAGCCGCUCCAAGGACAAAGGUGGCCCACCCUAG